GCAGGAAAAGAAAGAGAGGACAAAGAGCCGUAUUAUACCUAAUCUUGAAGCUGUGUGGGCUGUCAGACACUCCACAAACAGACACUCCACAAUGAACGGUUUCGACGACAAUUUCGGCGAUGAACGGAGUGCGUCAGGUUCUGGUUCCGGUCGGGCGGACAGCGGCACUACCCCCGCGCUGCCUGUCGUGUCCGAACCCACGUUUUCGAAGACGACUUUCGAUGGUGGUCGCGAAGCCGGCGAUGGGGCGGGCGGAGGACGGGACCUUGGUGGAGCUCUCCCAGGAGGUUUGAGUGCCCCUUCUCCUGCAACAUCCUCCAGCAACGCACAGCCUGUCAUACAGAGGACGAAUUCAUCACAAGCGACCGCAUCUCCUGGCCCACAGUACUGUGCUAACGAUCCUUCGCAAGUAGCCACUGGUUUCUGUCCGGAACUGGAGUUGGCACUGUGCCCAUCAAGUUUCGACAAUCUGAAGAGAAUGCCAGCGUUUGCGCACAUAACAUUCGUGCCGCUGCACGAGAGCUUGCAGAAGCGGAGAAAAGAUCCUGAAACUGGGGAACCAUAUGCGCUGUACGAUUUGGAGACGCAGGUAAAAUUUGAGACUUCCUCGAUCUGAUACCCCCACUGUCAAAAAUUGAAGUAGCCGUCAAGAUCAUCCUUCACGUUCCUUCAUCUACGCCUUCCUCGAGUACGCCUACGGAAAAUGACGCACUAUGAAUGUACACUAGUCUCUCUCGGUUCUCUUCUUUCCACUAGGAACCAAUCCCAACUGUGGCAAAGCUCGUAGGACGCAGCAGGACACACGAAUGCUGCUCUUUAGAAGCGGGAGCGGAUAAAAUGCGGGAAGCGAUGAAGGUAUUAUCAGGAAAUCAAUGCGAGGGUCAUAAGUUUUGGGCAUUUGUUGGAAGUAGAACAAGAUGAAAUAGAGAUCAAUGUUAAAAGUUAGUGUUACUACACAUUAACGUGGUCAAAAAUCCGGUUUCUGUCGCUGUCUGCAACUUAGAUCAAUCCACCUCCCACCUCAGACUCAGCUCACAGUCCUGAAAGACCAACUUUCGAAUGCUCGAGUGGCGUCGACACACGUGGAUAAGCUCAUAUUCGUUGUGAGUCAGGAAGCUGACGACCGACGAAGGGAAGUUGAGACCUACUUUGGCGAAUUCCAGAAGAAGCUAGACCAAGCGCGCGAACGUGUCAUGGACGAGUUACAUGACGCAACAGCCAAGAAAUUGAAUACGCUGAGGCAAUUGGUAUCUAUUAUUCAGUACCGCUACUUUAAAUCUAUGGCCAGUGAUGUUUACUAGCGAAUCAGAAUUUUCGCGUGCUCGUGUAAUUCUCUGUUUUUAUCAGUCGUCACUAUGGAAGAUUGAUGAUAUAAGUACUUAGAUAUCUUCGUUGUAGUUGUACCGGGAAUUCAUCAUCUCCGACCAAUCCUAUCAGAGCGAGCGUCUUCCUCUCAUGGUUGCUUCUUCUUCGGAAGCAAUCGACCGUGUCCAGGAGGUUUUCACUUUCGAGCGAAACGCCUUAGAACUCCUCUUUCGCCGCAAGGAAAUGCAGCUCUAUUUGGAUUCGGUGGGAUCGCGGUUGAACCUAGGAGGAUCGGAUAUUUUUCAAGGCGACGUCCGACAAACCAUGGGGCGUAGUGUUACAGUAGCUAAGGACGAGAACUUUGCGGUGUACCUAAAAGGUUGUGCCCAAGUCCGAACCGACGAGAAGGACCCGGAAUUAGAACGGUGCUGGCAAAUGGUGGAUACUCUGCUGGGCCAUGAUUCGACCUCCCUUCUUAGUGGAGCUACUGCGAAAACGAACGUACCGAUAGGACCUUCUUCUUCCUCGAAUUUCUCUAGAACAGCAGCUAAUGCGGGAGAUGGCGGCGCUAGUCUGAAUAAUCCUUUCUCCGCGAAUCAGACGGCAUUUGGUGGCUCCUACACUUACGGUGGCAGUGCAACGAGUCGGAGUCGGCCAGAAGGAGCUCCUCUAGAGAAUGGUAAAACUCACCGCCCAAUUAUAUCUUCUUCUUCUACAACUAGAAGUACUCCAGGUUUUGGGUACAAUUCCGCUACUAGUCCAGUCCUCGUCGCUGGUGGAGGGGCAGGAGGUGGCCCUACUACUCCCACCAGUGCUCCAUUUCUCAGCAUGCCUAGUACUACAGAACGGUUUCCAUCCUCUUCUGCAGUAUCUUCGAGAAACAUUGCAGGUGGAAAUAGUGCAACCGGUGUAUCGCGAGAAUUCAAGUUCGACCCAAACUACUGCCAAGAGCAGCUUGUUGUGUUGCGGAACAACAACAGAGAAGCAUUGCGGAAGGUACGUGCUUGGUUCCGGUUUUUCAUUUGCUUGAAUGGUGCUAGAGCACCACUUGUUCACAACUAGACUCCUUUUCGUGAACUCAACUUGUAUUUGUUCCUUUGUAAUAAAAAAAGAAAAACGAAAACUUCUGCGUAAACCUUCCUCAGAUCCCACACGCCUCUUCUGCGAUCGCGAUAAUGUCGUCGCUACUCGGUCCGCCAGACGAUGGCUCUUGUAGUAGUAGAGUAGAGGUCAUCGUGGACGAAUUGAACCUAUUCCUGCCGAACAGCGGUUGGGUUGGCGCCACUCCCGUCCGCUCUUUAACGUGUUUGCAGGAGCAUGCGAUAUUAUGGAAGAUGUGGUUGAUUUUUCGAGUAGCAAGAACAACGAAGAGUGUCUGUGUCACCAUUGAUAUUAUGCCUAGCAUCUAUCGUGAAUAUGCAUAUCUGAAAGGAAGAUUUUCCCACAACUGAUUACCUGUGCUCUAGGUUCUCUUUGAUCAUCUACCUAGGGUUGAAUCUAUCUAUCGUGACCGACCUAGUAUGAUAAACUCAUCGUUGUUUGCUCUUGUAAUCUCUAACCCCCUACCUCGACCUUUUCGGUGGUGAAAUAUGGCGGGAAGGGGUACUGGUGGAGAAGCUGAUGGACAAACUGUCCGUAAUGGAAGGCGAUCGAGUAGGUGUGGACUACCUACCUGGGUCACAGCUGCAAUUCUUUCUCAACGACAAAAAAGUGGGCUUGCCGAUUCGCGACGUCACGGAUCUGCUCUAUCCCUUUGUAAACGUGUUGGGGAAGGUAUUGCGGUUUCGGUUGUAAGGUGGAAUGUCUCAAUGGAGGCAUCGACUCUCAAACAAAUUCACGAUGUCUACACUUUUACGAAUACUCAUAGACCAAGCAGUUGCAGGACGGAGCUAUAUUAUUUGCGAACUUCAUCAUGCUGAGCCUGAGAAGAGGGAGACACUCUCCCCCGUUCAGACUCAAUUCAGCUUUUGCCUUUUUCUUUCGCGCAUACAAGAAACAAGUGACAAAUUCACGUUGAAGAUUAGGAUUUUCAUCCAUGAUACAGCGAUGCUUACAG